AUACAGUAUUUUUUCUUUUCUUUUUUUUUUUGCCGUUAUUCACAUGAUCGAAGUGAAAUUCGCUUCCUGAUAAUUCGCCUGAAGGCGAACGUCGCGUCAAAGAGGCUCGUUGCCAUCUUCCGUCGUGACUUUGUUCUUUCUGAAAGAUCAUGGCGAUUCCCAGGUAAAUCGAAGAUCGGGUAUCGGCCAACGAACGGCGAACCGGCAGUCCGGUUUUUAGAGAUGAAACUGUUGGCGGUGCUUGGCGCGCUCGUGAUACAGUGCGCCGCGACAAAAUCAUGGAACAGCGAUAAUUAUUCAGAGGAGACGUUCUUCGUGUUUGCCUGGAUCGGUUACCUCAAACGUUUCUCUCUGAUUGUGCUGAUGCUGUCUGGUGUAGUUCUCUACUAUAUCCCGGAAUCGCGACCACACGCGCGCAGGAUCUGCUACGCGUUGAUCGAUCUCACAGCGAAUGGUUUGAAAUCCGCUUUGAGUGCUCGGGAGAGUGAGUUCUUGUACGAGAAAAUGAAAUCCAAGUGCCAUCGCGGCCAAUACGAGCCAUCGUCGGCCAUGGAAAAGUAUCUUUCGCAAGAAAUUCAACAUGACGACGAGACUUUCGAACGACUCCAAAGAAAUUACGCUAAGAAGUCGAAAAUCUUCAUCGACGCGGACGAUGUAUCAGGAAGCAAGGAUAAGAAAAAAGGCAGCAAACUGUAUAGAGACAACCGACUAUCGCGUCAACGUCUUCGUAACGUGAUUAAACACGAGCCAUCUAUGGAAAUCGCUAAACCUGUCUAUUUUUACUCCAACGAUGGCCAAAAAUACUUGAAAACAAACGUGUCUGGUUCGAAACACUGUAACGGGUCAGCAAUGGAGAACUACGCGCUUUUAAUCAGCGGCAGUCCACAGCAACUGGCAAUGUUCGAUGAAAAAUACGAAAAGGAUGACAUGGUGAUCGUGGAAGAUCCUUACGUGAGAGUGGAUUACAGGGAAUGUGGUACAUCCACCGAUAAACUAUCGUCGAGGGCGGAAGCUUCGAGCUCGGAACAAGAGGGACCUACCAGAGAUCAUAACGAGCAGGAAGUAGAAACGUACGUGAAAGAAGUUGAAUUUAAUUCGACGUUGGAAGGCAAUGGUUCGCGGUACUCUGUUGACAGAUCGUUGCAUCGAACAAGCGAAUAUCAGUGCGGCGGUGAGUGUUGCGGCAGCAACGGGUGCUCCAUAUCGUCAGCAAACUUGAGUAACAGAGCGAACGUUACAUCCAACUCGUCGGUCGAUGCAAAGAAUGCUUUAAAAUCGUCUCGAAGCAUGGUGACUCCGAAACUGCAGAAAAAGAUCGAAGACAGCACGGAACACUCGUAUACGAUCGAUUAUACGAACUAUAAUUACGUAGGUGAUCGUCCUAUGAGGCAAAUUAAUUCGAACAACAGUCGCAAAGUAGAUUUUCGCAAAGAACACAUAAAUGGCUACGAAAAACACGAAGAAGAUGGACUCUCGCGUGAAAAUAUACCAAACGCUCGAAGAAAAAAGCCUAGAAACGAAUCGACACAUUUCUGUUCUAACGACGGUUUUUACCUCACCGACCGAGGAGGGGAAGCGGACGAUGAAAAUUCUCAACACGGAGAACGAGUGACUAGGAAGCACGAUCUCGAUGAGAAACCUCAAAGAGAAAAUCCCUUGUGCGAAAAAUGUUCGGACGACUCCGAAGUCCUCGAUUACUACAACGACAUUUACAUGGAAGCAAACUUAAAUAGUAGGUUCAAGUACUCGUCUCUUGAGUUAUUACGACCCAGAAAUAUAAGUUACUUGACCUUUACGCUGCGAAAUUUCUAUUUCUACUUUCGAGAUACCGUAUAUCGUCAAUUUUCCUAG